AUGUAUGUCAUGCUGAUAGGCAUGCUCUUCGCCCAUGCCUCAAACUUUGUCGUCAUUUGGAAGCCGGUUGUGCUCAGCUGUCUGCUGAGUCGCGUCUUCCCUGGUCUUGCCUUUUCCAUGAUCUACGGCGCCCUGGCUACCAAGACCAACCGAAUAGCGCGCAUUCUGGAGGGCUCCAAACGGAUCUACCUGAAGAAACAACGUUUUCUCUCUCUGACAGCGCAGCUUGUCAUAACGGCCCUGAUAAACCUUGUGGAAAUAGCGGUAAUAUCUGUCAUGCUGAUUCUGGAACCACCGGGUCCUGAACUGCGCUACUUCAAUACUUAUACUAUGGCACGCCUGAUAUGCAACACCACCCGAAAUGGGACGGUCAUACCGCUGGCGCUUGGUAUGAUUCUCAUCGUGGUGUGUACCUGUUAUGCCAUAAAGACACGCAACCUACCUCAUAAUUUCAAUGAGGCUAAAUUCAUUGGAUUCACAAUGUAUACCACUUGCGUCCUUUGGCUGGCUAUCCUACCCAUCUAUCUUGGCGGCUAUGAGACGGAAUUUGCCUUGACAAUGGCCGUCAGUCUGUCGGCAACCAUUGCCUUCGUCAUCCUCUUCAUUCCAAAAAUCUACAUUAUGCUGUUCCACCCGGAGAAGAACUCGCGGAUGGCAUUUGUGACGGCGAAGGAUAUUCGAUGUCAUAUUGGUGUGUUACAAACGAAUAUCGAUCAGAAGCGCAAGAAGGGGUAA